GGAAGCACUCGCCCGCUCUGGUCUCUAAUAUGUUUCAUGGUGUCGUGACUUAACCUUUUGGAUUACGGUGAAAUGUGAAUUUUAUAACGCUCCGGCCAUGGCUUUAUUUUUUGUUUGUGUUUGUUUCCUGGAAUUGUUCCUGAAUUUUGUGUCCGCGAGUGAUACCGGCUGCGACUGGCAACGGAUUCUUAACGGCGGCGAUGAUCCGGAUAUGACGGUAUUAUUACAGUGUCGCUUGAAGACCAUCAACAACGCGGAUAGUGUCUUGUCGAAUUUAACCAAUUCCCAACUCGAAAUGAUAACCACCCUCAAGUUGGAGUGCAACGAUCUGUUGUUCUACGAAAGCUCUCUUGACACGAGUACCAUGAUGAUCAACCAGCUGAAAAACUUGCACGAUCUAAAGUUGGAGUUCUGCAAAAUCCGUCAGAUUCCAUCUCACGUUUUCGGGAAUCUGAACGAAUUGCGGCAACUGGUGAUCCGGUCGCACAACACCGACUGGUCGACUAUGAACAUGGAAUUCGUUCAAGACAGCUUUACGGGGCUCCAUAAAUUAAAACAUUUAGAUUUGGCGGAUAACAAUAUCGAGAAACUACCGCCGGAGUUGUUCUGUCCGUUGAAUAAAUUAAUGUUUCUGAAUUUGUCCAAGAACGGCAUUCAGAACGUGUGCGAUCUCGGGUUUUCGGACUGGGGCAACGGGCCCUCGGCCCCCGGUAAAACGUGCAACACGGGCUUGGAGGAGCUGGAUCUCUCGUACAAUGCAGUGUCUAAGAUUACCGACAACAGUUUUACAAGUCUGCGUUCGCUUCAAAAAAUGUACUUGCAGAACAACGCCAUCUCGCAGAUGGCCGACCGCGCCUUUGUCGGUCUCGCCUCGCUCCAAGUUCUCAACGUCUCGUCCAACAAACUUGUUGCUCUGCCACCCGAACUCUUCCAAAGUUCCCGUGACUUGAAGGAAAUCUACAUCCAGAACAACUCCAUCAACAUCCUCGCUCCGGGUCUCUUCGAAGGAUUGGACCAGUUGUUAGUGUUGGAUCUCUCGAAGAACGAAUUGGAUAACAAUUGGAUUAAUCGCGACACGUUUUCCGGGCUAGUGCGUUUGAUUGUGCUUAACCUCGGCCACAACAAGUUGACCAAAAUCGAUUCUCACAUGUUUCACGAUUUGUAUAGCUUACAGAUGCUCAAUAUAGAGCACAACAAUAUAGAAAGUAUCACUGAUAGUGCGUUUUAUCAGUUGAGUAAUUUGCAUGAGUUAACUUUGUCCCAUAAUAACCUAGUGCGGGUGGAAUUUCAUUACUUUAGUGGUACGUAUGUUUUGAAUCGGUUAUUCCUGGAUCACAAUCAGAUCGAAUUCAUGAACGACUUAGCCUUCGAAAAUUGUACAAAUCUUAAUGAUUUAAUUCUCAACGCCAACAAGUUAAAUGACAUCCCCAAAACUAUUAAUUCUCUCAAGUAUUUGAAAAUAUUAGAUCUCAGUGAAAAUAAUAUUUCUUACGUUUCCAAUCAAUCGUUUACCGGCGUUGACCACUUAUCAAGCCGUCGUCUUAUGGAUAACAAAAUCUCCGACUCGAAGAACUCCACUUGUCUGCCCUCCCUACAAGUUCUGAACUUAGCUCACAACAGAAUUGAUUUCAUCGAAAAGGGCGCUCUGAAUCAAAUCGAAACGUUGAAUGCUGUUCGUUUAGAUGGCAAUGCAAUCCAGGAUAUAAGUGGCAUUUUCAAUAACCUAGUGAAUCUAGUGUGGCUCAACAUUUCUGACAAUAAAAUCGAUUACUUUGAUUAUUCUUUUAUACCGAACAGCUUAGAAUGGCUUGACAUGCAUAAAAACAACAUUAACUACUUGUACAACAACAACAAUAGUAAUAAUCUGCAAAUCAAAAUGCUAGACAUAAGUUACAAUAAACUCCAUGAGCUGGACGAAAAUAUCAUGCCGAACUCGAUCGAGGUGUUGUACUUGAAUAACAACUUGAUCAAAUCCAUCAAGAGAAAUACUUUUGUGAAGAAGGUGAACUUGCAGCGAUGUAUUUUGUUCGAGAACAAGAUUGAAAGUUUGGAUCUCUCCUCUUUGCGGCUGGGUAACAACAUAAACUAUCACGAGUUGCCGCAGUUCUACCUGGGUAAUAAUCCUAUCUUAUGCGACUGUAGCAUGGAGUGGCUCCAGCAGAUUAAUUUCAUAAACAACCUGCGCCAGUACCCGCAAAUAAUGGAUUUGGACUCGAUCAAUUGUCGGCUCGUGAACAAGCAUUCAGGUAACAAGAUUCCGGCCGUGGAAGAGGUGGCUCACAUCAACGAAGACAAAAACCCCGCCGAGCCGCCCAAGAAGCGUGAGCUGACCAAGCCUUUGUUGCAGAUGAAAUCGAGCGAUUUUCUUUGCAAAUACGAGACCCAUUGCUUUGCGCUCUGUCAUUGUUGCGACUUUGAUGCUUGCGACUGUGAAAUGACCUGUCCGACCAACUGUACGUGCUACCACGACCAUCUCUGGUCCUCCAACAUCGUUGACUGCUCGAAUUCUGGCUACAUCCACGUUCCCGCCAAUAUCCCGAUGGACGCCACCGAGAUCUACCUCGACGGCAACAACUUGAACCAGCUCAACAGCCACGUCUUCAUCGGCAAAAAGAAGCUCGAGGUAUUGUAUUUGAACAAUAGCAACAUCAGCAAUAUCAACAACAAAACCUUCAACGGCGUCCCGUCCUUGAAAGUCCUCCACUUGGAGAACAACAACCUUAAAAAGCUCAACGGCUAUGAAUUCAAUCAGCUUAUCAAUAUUAACGAGCUCCACUUGAAUAACAACUCCCUCGAUGAUAUCAGCAACACGAGCUUUUCCAACUUGACGAAACUCAAACUCUUGGAUCUGAACCACAACCGCGUCACGAAUCUGAGCCCCGUUUUUUUAGGAGCCUCUCGCGACUCAGAAGAUACGAACUUUGUUUCGGAAUCCCUCCAGCUCAAACUCGACGAAAAUCAAUUUGACUGCAGUGUUUGCAACACCAACGUGGCCCUCAUCAUGGAUCAGAUCUCCAAUGUGGCCAAUUACGACAAGUUGCUCUGCAAUGAUGGCUCCUUGCUUAUCGACUUCGUCAAAAGUUGCAACGAUGCCUUCCAGAAAGCCUCCGCCCCGGCCAGUGACCCCAUCAACACGACCGGUGUAAAUAACACGGCCUUCUUUGCUACCUCCAUCCUCAACGUCGAUUACAUACCCUUCAUCUCGUCUAGUUUAGUUAUUCUGAUAAUUAUCAUUCUUAUCAGCAUAAUCAUCGUGAUAUUUUCGAAGGAGAUGUUGUUGUUUUUGUAUGUCAAGUACAACGUGCGACUCUUCAGCCCCAGUUGUGACGCCAGUGAUAAGCUUUACGAUGGCUACGUAAUUUAUAGCAUCAAAGAUGAAGAGUUUAUCAACGAAAUCAUCUACAAGCAGCUGCAAAACUUCGGAUUUCAGCUGUGCUUGCAUCACAAAGAUAUCAAUGUGCGCUCAAAUCAGUACCUAACCGAAUCCAUGAUAGAAAUUACCGAAUCCUCGAAACGGUUAAUUUUAGUUUUGUCCUUGAAUCUAAUCCAAAACGAAUUAGAAACCUUCAACCAUUUCCACAAAGCUCUGAAAGCCAAUUUGGAUAGGAUUCAAAAUAGUCAGAAUAAAAACAAGCUCAUCAUAAUUAUUCUGCUAACAUCAACAAAUUUAAUAAAUCACAAUACGCUGGUUAAUAUAGAGCUGCAGAAGCUGUUGUACAACUUGAAGAACAAGAUCGUGGUGCUCAAGUACAACGACAAGCACUUCUGGAACAAACUGCGGUACUACAUGCCGGACGUGAAGUUCUCGAGUCAGACUAACAACAAAGUCAACAAGUCGAUAAACUGUGAUUUUAAGAAGAUAAUUGUAAAUAGCAACGGGAAAAUAACGACUGCGUUAGGGAACGGUGCGCGGUACACGGCGGCGCCGAUGGUCAUGGCGACGGAGCCGUGGUACAAGAUGUCGCCGCAAAGUUCGGUUGCGGUUACGCAAAGUACGAGCGUGUCGGAGGAAUCUUCGCAGGAGGACGACCCUACGCACCACUCUUACGUCUCGAUCGACUACCAACAAAGGCUCCGGCCGCAGACGCUUAACCACCACCACGUCUACUGCACUAUCCCGGAGCCCAUCUACAAUUCGGCGUGCUCCAACAACGGCAGGACCUAUUUCGUCUAGUCGUCUAGUCGUCCGAUCUAUUCCGUCUAGUCGUCUAGUCGUCCGAUCCCGGAAUCCUGGAUCCUCGUCGUUCCUCGGCACAGUGCCUCCAGCCUCGCCCGUUGUUCGUUACGCUUUCGUCUGUUCCUAGUCAACUCCUAAUGUAAGUGUUUUCUGUAAAUCAUAGUUUAAUUUUCGAAUCUCGUGUCCUUCUAAUGUCACCGGGCAGCAGGCUCCCUCCUGUCCCCCUUCAUGUCCUUUUUAACUUUCAUCCCUCAUGAAAAUGGCACAUGCGCAGAUCAGCCACUUUGCAAUUAUUUCAAUUGAUAUUUUUUCAUUUUAUCAUCCGACGCAGUCUCGAUUUUGGACCAAGAAUAGUCGUUAAAAAUCAGACAAAUUCCAAUUUUAUGGUCCGGAAAAGGGACCAAGUAUACAAAA